UCAGGUGAGUGACGGGCGAUGUGCGGUCACUGCUUUGCAGUGGCGUGCGCCGCGAGCGCCCACGGUGCACAUGAUCAUUCCAGGCCCCGGCAGUGAUGGAAGCAUGGCACUCUGGCGGGCAUACCAGCGUGCCCUGGCCCAGCACCCGUGGAAAGUCCAGGUCUUGACGGCCGGGUCCCUGAUGGGCCUGGGUGACAUUAUCUCACAGCAGCUGGUGGAGAGGCGGGGUCUGCGGGAACACCAGGCCAGCCGGACUCUGACCAUGGUGUCUCUGGGCUGUGGCUUUGUGGGCCCUGUGGUAGGAGGCUGGUAUAAGGUUCUGGACCGGCUCAUCCCAGGGAACACCAAAGUGGAUGCACUGAAGAAGAUGCUGGUGGAUCAGGGGGGCUUUGCCCCAUGUUUUCUAGGCUGCUUCCUCCCAUUGGUAGGUGCCCUCAAUGGACUGUCUCCCCGGGACAACUGGGCUAAGCUACAAAAGGACUAUCCGGAUGCCCUCAUCACCAACUACUACCUCUGGCCUGCUGUGCAGUUGGCCAACUUCUACUUGGUGCCCCUGCACUACAGGUUGGCCGUUGUCCAGUGUGUUGCUGUCAUCUGGAACUCGUACCUGUCCUGGAAGGCACACCAGCUCUAGGCCCACGUUGCUCCAUGGUAUGCACCUUGCAGCAACAUAGCUUGACUCUGGAAUGGUCGGACAACCUCCUCCAAGGGGCUGGGACAGGGUCCAAGCAGUUGGGAUUGGCACUUUGAGCUGGCAUGAUUCACUCUGCAAUGUAAACUGACUGCUUCUGAAAUUGGUAGAGCCUUCACAAUGCAUCAGCUUACAACAGUGCUACUUCCCAAGCAAUGUAGCAUUAGGUGAUUUUGUCAGUGUGACCCUCCCAGAGUGGACGUACCCAAACCAAGAUGGUAGGGCCAGCCACUUGAGGUGGCCUCUUGUUCAAUCAAGAAAGGUAAUAAACGUGAAGCCUACAGAC